AUGACUAAAAGUUUAAGUACAACAAAAAUGAUGAGGAAGAAGAAGAAAAAAGUAUUUCACAAAAUAACUCAGAUUAUCUUUUGGAAACCGGAGGAUUCCUAUAUACAUGAGCAUGAUAAAGUGAUACAAGGAAAGCUUCAAAAACAAAACAUAAAUCCUACUAGAAUUCGCAUGAAGUAG